CACGAUCCACCGUCGCCGCCUCCUCCACGGAGGCCCUGGCCGUCGCCGCCGCUGCCCGUGCUCCUGCUCCCACCGCCUCUGCCACUGCCCAAGCUGCUGCUGCCGCUGCUGCCGCCGCCGCGGCGGCUGCUCCUGCCAAUUCUGCAGCUCCUGUCGCUGGCUUCCCUGCUGAGGACUCGACGUCGGGCAUGGCUGCACUAGGAGCGGGUGCUAUAACCUCGACUACGUCCUCCUCCGAGUCAUCAGCGCCCCCCGAAACCCAAUCCAAGUCCAAGUCCUUCGUGUGGGAAAAGCAAUGGGCACGGGGGGGAAACGUGUGGGCCGGGAGAGAAAAUGUGUGGGCAAGAGCGUAGAGGGUGACGCGCGAGCAGAGACGUGGGAAACGGCUGGAGGAACGGAGGAAAAACAGCAGGCAUGGAAGGAGGUGAACGGCGGGCUAGGAGAUGGUAACCGCGCUGUCAAACUCAGCUGUGGUUCUCACCUAGUUUCGCGCGGUAACGACUUAUGGGGGACGGCGCGCCAGGAAAUAGAGGAAGGGUGCGCGGUGGCAGAGGGGAGUAAGGCGCGCUGGAAGAGGAAAUCGCGCUGGAAGAGUGAAGGGCACGAUAGGGGGCGUGGGUUCUUACCUAAUGUCGAGCGCUUAGCGGGGGAGAAAAGGGCAUCGUGAAAAACGAUGCCGUGUAGAGAGACUAUUUUAGGGUUUGGUGGCGUGGCGCGGUUCUAAGCUUUAGAAACUCGAAAGCUAAGAGAUGCGCGACGCGGCAGUCUAGGAGAGAGAGAGGGAUCGAGAGUGGGAGGCGAUCGAGAGUGACGGGGGACUUAGCCGGGUUGCGAUGGCGAGAUCGACGGGGGUGGCGAAAAAUUGCUCGACACCGCAGGGUUUUGUUCGCCGCCGCUUCCGUCGCACCCGCUCCUAGCCGUUGCCCAAACCACUCCUGUUACACCUCUGAUACAAACACUUAUAACAGCUUAUGAAACAGUAACGUGAACAGUAGCGUCUAGAAGGCUCCUUGGGAAGAUAGUCAAAUGCCGAAAAUCUCAUGUUGGGCUUUACAAUUGCUAUAUGACUUGUAACACUCGU